CUGUAAAAUCAGAUGAUUAGAUCAAGAACGAGAUUGACAUUGAUGAAAUGGAAAUUUUUGAGAAACAAAAAAAAUCUGCUGUUUCAGGAGUAGAUUUUAGUAGAAAAGGCUCAAUAGAUGUUAAAAUUAUCGAUUUAUCGUUGUUCAUUAAUAAUCAGAGAGAUUAUUUCACGACAAGUUCUUGUUCGGGAAGAAUAAUUCUGUUUGAUGACAGUGUUGGUGAAAGUGAUAAAGUAACUAACAAACAGGGAUGUCGGUGGUUAUUUACAAGUCAUGAUUUAGUAGACAAAUCACAAAUGAUGCCUGUUCUAGAAGACAUCACUGGGGAUUGUGUAUUUAAGUUUGAACCAUUUGUACUACAUGUACAGUGUAGAACAAUUGAUUUUGCUCAGUUAUUGCUUCAAUGUGCAGUCCAGUCUGGCUUUAGGAAUUCAGGAAUCAGUCUUGGAAAGAAAGGAAAAAUUAUUGUUGGAGUAAGAAGUACACAUUCUAUGGAGGUACCAUUGUCACACUCCGGUCAAUUACUGGUCUCAUCAGAGUAUGUUGAAUAUUUAAUCAGUCUUGCAAAUAAAAAAAUGGAGGAGAACUUCAGAAGAAUUGAUAGGUUUUACGAAAAUUUGAAGUCAGCUAUAUUACAAAAAUCUGAUGACAGUCAUAUAGUAAAACAAUGUAAGGAAAAAGUCAAAAUGAUGUUACGUGAUAAAUAUGCAGGAAAAGUGGAAACUGUAUCAUCAGAGAAACAAAAAGAAGCAGAUCAGGAAAAUAUUAAAUUCAUCAAUAUGAACAAUAAGGAUGCACUGAAAUCUUGUGGUCAAAUUACAAAACAAAGUGAUUUUUUAGAUAAUGAUAUGCUGGGAUUGUCUUUAUUUGAUGAUGAAGUAACAUAAAUAAAAUAUUGAAAAACA